UUGACGUUUGUGGUGAACAAAAGUGAUUCACCGUUUUUGAACCUUUGUUAGUUCAUAUUCUUUAUAACAUAUCUGAAACUUGGAAUUCUACCACUCAUUAUUUUUACUUCAACUGGGUUCUUUUGAGCUUUAAAAAGGCGUAGAGCAAGUAAAUUUAGCCGCUGGACCCCCAGUUGAAUGGCCAGCCAGCCAAGGACACUUCUUCACUGAGCUGAGACUGACUACUGCUGCCCGUCCGUCCACUCGAUCCAUUGCAUAGACUUCAGUGGUUUGGAUUGGGAUAAAGAAACGACGCUUUCUCCUGGAGCCUACUUUCACACGAUUGUCAAAAAUUGCAACAUUUCAUGACAUCACUUUCUACUGUUAUUAUAUUAUGCCAAAAUGAAUUCAAAUAUUGUUGAGAAUGGUGGCCUGAUUGAGAACGCAAACCAUCUACUCUGUGGCAAAGAAGAUCUUUUUGAUGGAAUUACACUUUCCACUGCAGACGAGCAGUGGAGCUCAGCAUCAGAGUUUGGCCAGAGGCUUCAAGAUUCCCUGGAGCAUUGGAAGUCACUGAGCAAACGAGGUGUGUGGCUGAAGAUUGCCAUCCAGCAUUCAGAGCUUAUUCCAGAAGCAGUCAAGAACAAGUUUGUUUUCCACCAUGCACAACCGUUGUAUGUGAUGAUGACAGCAUGGUUGCCCAGUAAUGAACCCAAUCAGCUUCCAGGCUAUGCCAGCAAUUACAUAGGAGUUGGAGGUUUUGUCACGAAUGACAAGAACGAGCUUCUGGUGAUUAAGGAGAAGUACACGUAUGGAAGGAGGGCAAUAUGGAAAUUACCAGGAGGACAUGCAGAUCUAGAUGAAGAACUGGCCGCAACAGCCAAACGAGAGGUGAAGGAAGAAACCGGUAUCGAUGCAGAGUUUGUGUCCAUCGUCUGCUUCAGGCAUCAGCACAAGUACAAAUUCAACCAAUCGGAUAUCUACUUUGUGUGUCACAUGAGAGCGCUGACCAAUGAGAUUAAAACAUGCCCUCAUGAAAUUGCAGAGUGUAGAUGGAUGAAUCUCGAUGAAUACCUGGUCGACCCAGAUGUGACAAACUUCAACAAAGAGAUCACCAAGCGCUACCUUCAGAACCAAAAGAGUAAUCAAAGCAUCCAACCAGAUCAACUGUGGUCAACCUUCAGCAACGCCUACCAACUAAUGUAUUCAAUACAUGCUGGCAAAGCAGACUAGUAGCACCCAGACUCAUGGCAUGGUAAUCAAGUAUCACUGUCCCAGGAGGACCUGUCGAAUUUGACACUCAUGCAUGGCCGUUCUGAGAGCAAGUUCGAGUGUGCACAAUGGUUAACUAAAGGUUGAGCAUUUGCACUUGA